UCUCUCUCUCUCUCCCCCCCGCUCCCGCGCGCUCAUCACCGGAGCCAAGCGGAAGAAUAACUUUGAAUCCCCCGUGAUAUCUCUCGAUCAGGAAAUACCAUUCAAACUCGCCAUAUCUGGGGAGGGGAGAUGCGGUUAGUAAACGGUCUGUCCGAGCCGUGAAUCCACUAACGGAGCGUUAAACACCAGCGGAGAGAAGCGGGAGACAUCCAUCAUCACGGUCCGCUGUUUCUGACCGACGGCUUAAGAUGCUGGAGUGGGUGAGUGAGGUCUUCUGGCAGGAGCGUCUGUGGUUCCCCGAGGGACUGGGAUGGGCUGAUCUGGAGGACCGUGAUGGCCAGGUCUAUGCGAAGGCAUGGGAUCUGUGGGUGGCCCUGCCAUUCGCCGUCCUGUUUCUAGUGAUUCGACAGGUCUUUGAGAGGUAUGUAGCUACGCCGCUAGCCUCUCUGCUGGGCUUGAAGGAAACCGUUCGACGGCGAGUUACACACAACCUCACGCUGGAGUCCUACUACUGCAACACAACUAAACACCCCACACAGGGUUCAGUGGAGAAACUGAGCGAGCAGACGGGGUGGACAGAGAGACAGGUCCAGCGCUGGUUCAGGAGGCGCAGGAAUCAGGACAGACCCAACCUUCUCAAGAAGUUCUGUGAGGCCAGCUGGAGAUUCGCCUUUUAUCUCCUGGCCUUCAUCGGUGGUCUCGUUGCACUAAUAGAUAAACCCUGGUUGUAUGAUUUAGAGGAGAUGUGGAAAGGCUUCCCCACUCUGACGCUCCUGCCGUCUCAGUACUGGUACUACAUGCUGGAGCUGGGUUUCUACACCUCUCUGCUCUUCAGCGUGGCGUCUGACGUCAAGCGCAAAGACUUCAGAGAGCAGGUCAUCCAUCACGUGGCCACCAUCCUGCUGAUCAGCUUCUCCUGGUGUGUCAACUACAUCCGAGCGGGAACGCUCAUCAUGUUCAUGCACGACUCGGCCGACUAUCUGCUGGAGUCAGCUAAGAUGUUUAACUACGCCAGAUGGAAGAACGCAUGCAACUACAUCUUCAUCCUGUUCGCUGUGAUCUUCAUCGUCACACGCCUCAUCAUCUUCCCUUUCCGGAUCAUGUAUUGCACAUGGGUGUAUCCCGUGACCCUGUACCCCCCGUUCUUCGGAUAUUACUUCUUUAACGGGCUGCUGAUGGUUCUGCUGUGUCUGCACAUCUUCUGGGCCGCGCUCAUCAUACGCUUGGCCUUCCGCUUCUUGAGCAGUAACUCGUCGGUAGAAGACGAGAGGUCCGAUCGAGAGGAGACGGACGAGUCCGAGGAAGAAGAACAGAUGAAAAACGGAGAGAUAAAGACCAACAGAGCAGCUCAGAACGGCCACGCGACAUAUAACAACAACCACUCUAAAAAAACUGAGUGACGUCUGGAGAGGACAGAAACCUUCAGAGAGAGUUCAUCUGCUGAAGUAGAGCAGAGACGGGUCUACACUACACACACACACACACACACACAGACCGUCAUCACACCAGCUGCUGCCUCUGUCCACAUCUUUACUGAUGCUGUUACUAAUCACUUCACUUAUUUAUAGCACUGUGUCCAAAGAGCUCUUCCCAUACGACAGAAGUCAAGCAAGAUUUUCAUUCACAGAUCUGUUGAAACGAGUCUCAUAUGGACUUCCUAGAGCUGGAAAUCCUCUAUUUUCAGUGGAUGGAAGACAGGAAAAAAAGUCCAUAUUUGUGCAUUUCAGAAUUUGUUUCAGAGAAAAUGUCAGAAUUAUGAGAUUUAAACAGAAUUUCAAGAUAGAAACUCACAAAUUCAGACUUUUUUCAUUUUCCUCUUUCUCUAAAAGUUUAGAUCUUGCAGUUGUGGGUUUUCCCUGCCGUUGAACGUCUCAGGUUACAAAUGUAACCAUAUUUCCCUGAGUAGGGAACGAGACACUGCAUCCUCUAGGUGCCGCUUUGGGGAACACCUCGUCGUGACCUGUGUCUAAAGCAUACACUGAAAAAACACCAACUUGUUGGCCAGCUAAAGCCUCUGAUGUCACUACCGACAAGACUAUAAACAGGCACUGGAAGAAUACGUCAUUAUCUUCUUCGUCUGAAGCUUGCGUCCGAAGCAUGGCAGGGAGCUAGAGGACACAGUGUCUCGUUCCCUACUCAGGGAACUAUGGUUACAUACGUAACCUGAGACAGUUCCCUUUCGAGGGAACUUCGAACUGCAUCCUCUAGGGGUCACUAUGGGGAACAGUAUACCCACGCCACCAUGCUGAGGGUAGAGCAGGCCAGAAUCAUGGCGAACACUAAGUACCAACUCUACCAUUUCCAUGGGAGUUACCCCGGGACGUUUAGACGGCUGUCUGUGACAGUACCCCUUUCGGCCAAAGAACCUAGCAUUUUCUACCAAGUCUUGCCUGUCACACAGGGGCUACCGCUAGCUUAUGCAUAAGCUUGCUGAAAGGGCGGUCUCAACAGUUCUCUAGUAGUUUAGAUAGGUAUCCGAGGAUACAUGGGUGGAGUGGAGCCCAAGAUGAACGGGGCUUUUACCAACUCAACCAACUCUACCAGCGCAACCGCGUGAAGCCCUCACCAUAUAGGAUUUUAGAAAGAACGCAGAAUACUAGCGUGCGAACUUACCACAGUGUGGAUUUCAGAAAGUGUGCAAAGACUUCACGUACACACUUACCAUAGCAUGGAUUUUCAUAAACUGUUCUAAAGAGGGGUUCUCUGAUAGAGCAGCUCAUAGAUGGAAUAGUGCAUCUCAAAACAGUAUGAUUGAGAGUCAUCAACUCGAUCUAUAGAAACAAUACUGGAGCGCUCUGGGGAAAAAACAGAGAACUCAGUCUCAUAUGAGAGGAGAACCCCCUCAUGUUGAGGGAAGCGAUGCUUGAGGUGUAUAAACAAAUACACACUGGCUGAAUGAAGCCCAAGGAACCAAGGUCUAAUCAUCUCAAGAAAGGGAACGAAGCGGAGCGCGUACAGGAAUUCAGAAAGAACUUCAAGAAAGAGUCUUGCAUGCACAAUUACCACUUAUGUGGAUUUUAGAAAGUGUGCAAAGUGUUCACGUGCACACUGACCACCAUGUGGUUUUGAGAAAGUACACAAAGCCUAGUGUGUGCACUUAAAGGUUCCGAAGCAUCGCAGAGGCGCUGAAUCUUACGGGAAAGGCAAGCUCAAUUUUACAAACCUCAGGUGAGGGGAGCAUCACGUGAGGCAGCAUAUACAAGAAGACUUCUGUAACUGCCCCCUUCACUUCCCGCUAGAUGCGACAGCACCCCUAAGCGGCAGGAGACCCCUCGGGGUGACCUGGCUAGACAUCCAUGAGAUUCCCUGCAGUGCUGUGCCAGGCCUGAAGAUCAAGGAGGCUCCCUCAGAAACCUGUGAUCUCAGACGCCUAAUACCAGAACAUGAAGCCGGAUGGCUGGUGCUGGCGAGUGUUUAGUAAAUACUGUAACUGAGCACUGCAAAGGAAACUCACAGAGUUUAUUAGUAGACAUGUAACCACCAGCAAUUAAAUACACAUAAGUAUAUACAGAGAGGGUUACAUUUACUCACCCACCCUCCUGCGCUGGAGCCCUGCUCAAGGAACGCCUCCUUUCAGUCCAGACCAUGAGUAAGGUGGUGGCUAUGAACACAAAACCAACCAAAAACAUUAUAGGUCCUGGAUAGGAUACUCUUAUGCGAGAGUUGGUGUUUUUUCAAUGUAUGCUUCAGACACGGGUCACAAUGAGGUGUUCCCCAUAGCGCCCCCUAGAGGACGCAGUUUGAAAGGGAAAUCUCGAUCAUGAGGUGAUAUCCCAGAAUCCUGAGAACAAACAGUGGUGAGAUCUAAACUUGGAUUGUGAGAGAAGUCGGAGUUCUGAGACAAUUUAAUUCUAUAUUCUGUGGCAGAAAUGAACUUCCAUAGAGAGCAGAUCAGAAAUAAUGCUAAACCUGGUCUUAUAGCCUUAUGAGUAAAUGAUGACAGAAUUAUUUCAGGUGACCUGUGCCUUUUAACAGUGCCUUCCUUUGCCAUUGUGUGCUCAUUUUCAUUCCUUGUUUUUAGUUUAAGUUACUGCAUCUUUUUCCAGAGUUUAACCAUCUGUCCUAUUAUAAUACAUCAGUUUUGGACUGAAUGCAUCUGAAUACCGAGUGGACCAGUUUACUCAUUGUUAAUGGCAUAUCACAGCGAUGUCUGAAGAACAUCUCACACUGAAGACCAAACCAAACAGAUUUCUGAUUACAAACAGGGUCAAGCUCAUUCACUGCAUUAAUCAUUGUGGACCUGGUGCGUAAUCUGCAUAAUCACUUAUUGAAUUCAUAUCGAAAUGACUGGGUUGUGCCCACAAAAGUGCUUUGGUAAUGCAUUUUCACUCACAGGAAUAAAAUGCACGCUGGCUGACUGUAAAAGAUGCAUUUUGCAAUGGCAAAUAUAUAUAACCCCAAAACAAUGAGCCAGAAAAGAACUGAGUGCACCUUGAAAUAUGGCCAAAUGUUACUAACUUUCUAACAUUGUGUGUAAAGCAUGCAAUUCACUGCCAGUUGUUUUGAUGAGAACACCGAUACCUUUCAGUUCAUGGAUGUGAUAUUAAACCCAUGUUUACUCCCAACACUGAACAAACACGUUCUGGCCAGUUGCUGCUCGCUCAUGUUCUCCAGCUGCCAGCCAAAGACAGAAUGAGUGACUGAAUGAACUUGUGAACGUGUGAGUUUGAGUGGUCUGCUGCGUCUCGAGCUGCAGAGAUGAAUGAGGAUCUUCUCAUCUGAAUCAUCUCAUUCACAUCAGAUCUCAUCAGCUUCCCAUCAUCACAGUGUUAUCUUUAUUUUGUGUUUUCCUGUGUUUGUAAUAUGCUGAUAUUAUGGAGGAUGUUACCAAUAAAAUACUGAAUGUAAGUCA